UGUUGCCUAUCUUCUCUCUAAUCCUUUUAAUGGAUCUGCUUAUCGUUUUUACGGUAAGAGGCGUCAUUAACGGAAUUAUUCUUCCUGGUGAGGCUAAUAAUCAAGUUUUCUUCAGACUGCUUUGGUGUAAUAAAUUCUUAGACGUAUUAUAAGUGAUGUAUUGUCCGUGCAACCGCCUUUAUAAGGAGGCGACGCCUUCCUGUCUGUGCCAAAUUCCCGUCCGGACUGAAGAUGGGCUGCAGACGAACAGACUGCUUCUCAAGGCCUCUGUCGAACCUGUUUGAAAAGCUGGGCUCAACAGUAGGCUCCUGUCCUUUAUUCUUUUUUGUUAUUCCUAUCAUGGUCUCGGCAGUGCUCGGGGGAGGCUUCUUUUUUCUCAAGGACAGAGAAGACAAUGAUCUUGAGAUGCAGUUCACCCCCAAAAAAGGACCCUCAAAGGCAACACGAGCGUUCGUAAGAGAAAACUUUCCGUACAACAAAUCCAUGUUUUCUGAAGACAGGCUGUAUGAAAAGGGUAAUUUUGCGUCCCUCAUUGCUGUAUCGAAGAACAGCGACAACGUACUAGAAAGUCCUGCCUUGGAUGAAAUCCUCAGACUCAACGAAAAGAUCAUCAACAUCACCGUGGAAAACGGACGGCUGGGAUUCAAUGACUUGUGUGCCAAAGCGAACGGAAGAUGCGUCUCCAACGUCAUCCUGGAAAUCCUUCUUGACGAUGAAACCAGCAUCACCUACCCGGAACAUCAGCAUGGAUCCAGUUUGGUCUUUCUGGGUUCUGCGCUCGGAGGAGUUGUAACAGACGCCAACAGCACGGUGACAAGCUCUCAGGCUGUAAAGCUUCUCUACUAUUUAGACAACGAUGAAGAUUUAGAAGAAGCAUCCAAAUUAUGGCUGAGAGGUUUUAAAGCGCUGCUGUCGGAUGAGAUGGACAGGAAACAAAUCGAUGUCUCCUACUACACCUCCAAAUCCAAGCAGGAGGAGAUCGACAGCCACACCACAGAUGGCUUCCCCUUAUUCAUCAUCACUUACGCCUGUGCCAUCACCUUCUCGGUGAUAUCCUGCCUGAGAUCAGACAAUGUCAGGAACAAGAUGUGUGUGGCUGUCUUUGGCGUUGUCACCUCUGGGCUGGCAGUCGUCUCCUCUUUUGGCCUGUUGCUUUACAUCGGAGUGCCGUUCGUCAUAACUGUAGCAAACUCUCCUUUCCUGAUCCUUGGAAUUGGUCUAAACAACAUGUUCAUCCUGGUCUCUGACUUACACACUCAUGUGAACGACCCGGUACCAAAACGAAUGGCUCACACUUACAAAGAAGCUGUCAUGUCCAUCACCAUCACAGCCCUGACGGAUGUCCUGAAGUUCUUUAUUGGCGUCAUGUCCGACUUCCCGUCGGUGCAGUCCUUCUGCCUGUACACCGCCACCUCCAUCGCUUUCUGUUACGUCUACACAAUCACCUUCUUGGGAGCUUUUAUGGCUUUGAACGGCAGGCGAGAGGAGGGCAACAGGCACUGGCUGACCUGCAUGAAGGUACCAUCAGUCAAAACGAGUACCCAGACUGUGAUGUACAAACUCUGCUGUGUGGGAGGCCAGUACGACCAGAGCACUGGAGCAGAGAAAAAACAGCGGGCGAGUAAUUUCUUUAUGGAGUACUAUGGUCCGUUUCUGACCAAGCCAUGGGUUAAAGUCAUGGUGAUGUUCAUUUACUUCCUGUAUUUGGCCUCUAGUAUUUUUGGGUGUUUCCAUAUUCAGCAGGGGAUCGAGCUUUACGAUCUGGCAGCUGAUAACUCCCACGUUACGAAAUUCAUCAGGAAGGACAGGCAGCAUUUCUCGGAUUAUGGUCUGUCUGUUAUGGUCAUUGUGAAAAAUGAAUUUCCAUACUGGGAUGAGACCAAAAGGUGCCAACUUCAAGCAUGCUUAGAAGACUUUAAAGAACCCCAGUUUGUGGACAGGGACAUUUUUACAUCCUGGCUAGAUUCUUAUUUAUCCUACGGAAAAGAUAAACACCUUAAUCUGAAUGACAAGGAGGUUUUUCUCUCAAAUCUGCCACAGUUAUUUGAUUUGUCACCAUUUUUCAUGCAAGAUGUGACCCUUACUGGAGAUGUCAUCCAUGCAUCCCGAUUCUUCAUACAAACCAUUGGUAUUGCCAAUGCCAGCAAGGAAAUAGAAAUGCUUAAAGGCCUCAACGCCAUCGCAGGCAAAUGCUCAGUGGCGUCUCUAUCGGUUUAUAACCACGAGUUCAUCUACUUUGACCAGUACAACGUUGUGGUGAGUAGCACUAUUAAAAACGUCAGCGUGAUCACAGCUGUGAUGCUGGUCGUCUCUCUGCUGCUGAUUCCCAACCCAAUCUGCUCGCUGUGGGUGACCUGUUCCAUCGGUUCGGUGACCAUCGGGGUGACUGGGUUCAUGGCGCUUUGGGACAUCAGUCUGGACUCCAUAUCGAUGAUCAUUUUCACCGUUUGCAUCGGCUUUACGGUGGACUUCUCAGCUCACAUGGCUUAUGCCUUCGUCUCCAGCAAGAAGCCCCGCCCUGACGACAAGGCUGUGGACGCCCUGUCCAGUCUGGGGUAUCCCAUUCUGCAAGGGACAUUGUCGACAAUUUUAGGGGUGUCCGUGUUAGCUUCGUCUGAAUUCAACACCUUCAGAACUUUUUUCCAGAUCUUUUUCCUUGUCGUGUUUAUUGGAAUGGUUCACGGCCUGGUUUUCAUCCCGGUGGUGCUAACGACAUGCACUUGCAGCUCAGAAGAAGAAGAAGAAGAAUAUAAUGAGAAGGAAAUAAAAUCAAGUAAACUUUGACCACUGGACAUUUUAGACAAAAACAAUCUAGUUCAAUAUUCCAGUUACCAAGUUUCUUUUUAGUCAGUAUAAACUGUUAAAAGAUUUUUCUAUUGAUGUGUUUAAAUUUAUUUAAAAUAAAUCAUGUUUGUAAUGUAAUAUAAAUAUAUUGUAAGUUAUAUUUUAUAUUCAUAUUUGUAUUUUAUUUACUGUGAAUAAUAAUUAAUGCAUAUAACUCAAAAUUAAAUGUAUUUCUCUUGACAACAAGUUCAGUUUUAAAUACAUUUUAACUUUUUUUGUCAUUAUAGUUUCUUCUCACCAUGUUGUAUUGAAAUUUGUUAUCAGCCUGUUGGGACUAAAAUAUUAAAGUAUCGUCCGUCUGA